AUGUCGUCUUCCACCUCUUCCGACGCGCCGCUGUCUGCAGCGCCCUCCUCGCCUCUAUCUAGCCCUCCUUCCUCGAGGAGCUCGAGCCCGCUGUCCGAGCGUCUCGACUCCCCCUCUCCUCCGCCUUCGGACGAUGCUAUGCUGCGCGCCCGCCGAAACUACCCGUCACCCCCGGCUUCACAACAAACCUCGACCAGUGGCUCUCCAAUACCUGAUGGUAUGGACUCGAGCGCCUCCGCCGGUAAAGAUGGCCAGCCGCCAGCGAAACGAAGGAGAAUAUCGACAAAGGAGCGCACUACAGAGCACUUAGACCUACACAAGAUCCGACCUGGCGAUGAGCUGGACGAUGAACAGAAAGAACAGCUCGAACGCGUCAUGCACGUCCUACACAGACGACAGAAGAUUGUUGUCAUCGCCGGCGCUGGCAUAUCAGUCUCUGCAGGCAUUCCUGAUUUUCGCUCCUCCGGUGGCCUUUUCCGUAGUCUCAAAGAAGAAUACAACCUCAAAGGCUCCGGAAAGAACUUAUUCGACGCGUCGGUCUACAGAGACGACAACAGCACGUCAUCAUUCCAUGAUAUGGUCAGUACCAUGUCAAAGCUGACGAAGGGAGCCAAACCGACUGCAUUUCACCACAUGCUCGCCACCAUUGCACAGGAAGAUCGUUUGCUCCGAUUGUACUCACAAAAUGUGGACGGCAUCGACACGUCUCUGGAGCCUCUCAGAACAUGCACUCCGCUGGCCAAAGAAGAGGGAAAAUGGCCUCGCACUGUUCAACUUCAUGGCGGUCUAGAAAAGAUGGUCUGCUCCAAAUGCCACGAACUUUCAGACUUGGACCCCGAACUCUUCGAUGGCCCCGUCGCUCCGCUAUGCCCAAGGUGUGAGGAGAUUAACGAUAUCCGAACAAACCAUGAAGGCAAGCGCAGUCACGGAAUUGGACGACUACGACCGCGCAUGGUCCUCUACAACGAACACAACCCGGAUGAUGAAGCGAUCGGCACCGUGACCAAGGAAGACCUUCGAAAACGACCUGAUGCUGUGAUUGUGGUUGGAACCACACUGAAAGUACCAGGUGUGAGAAGGAUCGUGCGCGAGAUGUGUGCCACAGUCCGCGACCGCAGAGGCGGAGUGACAAUCUGGAUCAAUAACGACGCACCGCCGGUUUCCAAAGAUCUCGAGGACUGCUGGGACAUUGUCGUGAAAGGCACGAGUGACGAGAUCGCAAAGUAUGCCGCCAUGCGUCGUUGGGACGAUCCGGUGCUGUCUGAAGACUAUACCGAGGUCAGCGAUGAGAGCGCGAGAAAGGUGACCGCGCAAGCACUGCACGUCCGCCUUCCGUCCAAGUCUCCUCCACAUGCUGCUUGGCAGUCUUUACCUUCCGAAAGGCACUUGAACAACAGCUUCAAGCCACCACUACCUACAGAUACACCGCCGCGAAAGAUCAUGGAGCAUGGACCGUCCGAUUGGAGUCCUAUGGUCACCCCGAGAAGGUCCAUCAUUCCCAGCAUCGAGCAUGAUUCCUUCGUCACCGAGGAUAGUAUCACGGUUGCGCACACCGAUACCAUUCCAGUUGCUAUGGGAUUGCUCACGCCAUCAAAAUCGCAGCGCAAUUCGCCUGACAAAAAGGUCCAGCCGAUCUCGAUCAACGAUAAACUUAAGAAUUUUACCAAAUCGAAGUCAGCGGCGACCAAAGCAAAGGGCAGCAAGAAGGCGGUUCCGGCGAAGAAGUCGAACGUCAAAUUUGUCAAGCCUCCACUCUCGCAGGUCAAGGCGAAGGCGAAUGCAAAGUCCAAGACAAAACCAAAGUCGCAACAAGCUCCCGCGGCAAAGCCACUUACCAAUUCAUUCAAGUCCAGCAAGUCAGCAUCGACCGCGGCGAGGUUAUCUAAGAGUGAUCCUCAAAGUCCGAGCAAGCUGCGACAAGUUUCGAACAUGUCUUCAUCCUCUCCGAUGGAGGCGGUUUCACCGCAGGAUGCGAGGAAUAACACAUCGCCAGCCACGUCGUUGGAGGAGUUUGCCAAUGAGAAAUCAAUCACAGGGAGGAAGAGAAUGCGGAUUGAGACGCUAGUGCACUGA